AUGUCGUGUGUGUUGCAAGACUUUGAUUUGGGCACAGCUCAUCUUGACCAUUUGAUGUCAGCACUACAGCUUUCUUGGCAGACAUGGCAACAAGUUUCAGACCGUGGGGGCCCAUCGGCAAAACCUCGCUACGAUCGUCAAUCUCUGCAGCGUGGUAGUUUGAAAUCAGUGCUCUGUCAACAGGCUGUCAACGAGUGGAUGGAUGACAUUGAUACACACGUGGCUGACUAUACCCAGAACCUCUUGUCAGCUCUUGUCUCUGUGCAUCCCCCCAAAAAGGCUCGCAGCAAAAAGCCAUACAUUGACUCAACGAUUUGGUCCUUGCGGCAGGACAAGUUGCAUCUGAGCAAGUCUUUGCGUGGAUUGCAUCGAAGGUUCAAACUGGAGUCACUCUUCCGCAGCUGGAGAUUGUGGCGCGGCCAGAUGUCUCAACAGGACUAUGUAUCUGCUCACAACUAUGAGACCACCCUUCGAUGCAUUGAAGUCAAAUUGAUUGCCAAUCACUUCAUGGUGACGCGCUACAUGAGAACACUCCUCAAGCGCAGCAAGCAUGUCCUCCUUGCCGAGAAAUUGAAGCAACUGCCACCCACUACAGCGGCUUCUACGGUCUUGAAGGAGGUACAUGGUAUUGUGGGACCCACGAAUCCAAAGAAGAUCAAGCGUCGAUCUCUGCCACUUGUGAGAAAGGAGGAUGGACAUGUUUGUGCUGAUCCACAGGAGAUGGUUGACCGUUGGGUGGAGUUUUUCGCUGCCAUGGAAGGCGGAACCAGGAUGUCUCAUGAUGAUCAUCGACAUCAAUGGAGGCGGAACCUUCAGCAUUUUUGUCAAGAAGACUUUCAUUUAUGUCUCCAAGAUUUGCCGACCCUAUGUGAUCUUGAACGUGCUUUUGCGAGAGUUCGUACGGGCAAAGCAAUUGGACACGAUCAAGUUCCCCCGGAAGCCUGUGCCUACAAUGCUGCUGAGCUUGCUCGACUCUCAUACUCGCAAUUGCUCAAGUUAGCCCUCCAUGGGCAAGAGGCGGCCAUGCACAAAGGCGGCCAGCUUGUCCAGGCACAUAAAGGCAAGGGUCCGAUUGAUCUUUGCGAAUCUUACCGGAGCCUUUUGAUUUCUUCACACCAGGGCAAAGUGCUGCACAGGUCCCUCAGGCAGCACCAGACAGACUUGUACGAAACAUUCAUGCAAAAUCAACAGAUCGGAGGUCGAAGAGGGGUACCUGUUACCCUUGGUUUACACCACUUGCGCUCCUUCAUGAGGCAUCAACAACGAUGUGGACGCUCGUGUGGUAUCCUUUACCUUGAUCUCAAAGAAGCAUUCUAUCGAAUCUUGCGUCCACUCACCUUGGACAAUCCAUGGACUGACGCAGAGAUUGCCUGUCUCGCUCAGCGACUCCGACUACCUGAAGGCACUCUUGCGGAUUUGUAUGAGCAUUUGAAGAUGCCCAAUGCUGUUGCCGUUGCUGGUCUCCCACAUCAUGUUCGCAAUUAUUUGACUGCUCUGCACAGUGACACAUGGUUCUAUGUUGAAGGUCAAGACGAUAUUUGCAGAACAUCAGUUGGUAGCAGGCCAGGGGACUGCUUUGCUGAUACAAUAUUUGGCUAUCUUUGGGCCAAAGUCUUGCGUCAGAUCGAGGGAGAGCUAUGUCAGUAUCAGAUCUUGGAUGACAUCCAUGCUGUUGAUGGCUGCGCUCUCUUUGGCCACAACCGUCCCAUUGAGGCUGACUCCAGAGCCUACCUCGGGCCAUGCUGGAUGGAUGAUCUUGCAAUUUGCCUUUCAGGGUCCACUGCGGAUGAGCUUGUACAAAGACUUGGCAUCAUGACGUCCACCUUGAUGGACACUUGUCUUGGACAUGCAAUGACACCGAAUACGGAUGUUGGCAAGACCGAAAUCAUGCUCACACUUCGAGGCCCUAGAUCUCGGUAUUGGCAGAAGCAAUUUCAUGGCCCGAACAGCUCCAAGCUUUUCACUGCCAUCGGGGAAUAUCAAUGUUUCUCUGUGCGGGUUACUGGAAGAUACAAGCACCUUGGUGGUAUUGUUCAUCAUUCUGGAAACCUGAAGUUUGAAGCCAAACAACGACUUGCAGCAGCGCAUCAGACGUUUACACGCCACCGGCGAGUGCUUUUCUGCAACAAACACAUCGAUCACAAAGUUCGUGGACAGAUCUUUGAUUCUCUUGUCAUGAGUGGUUUGAACUAUGGCAGUGAGACUUGGGUUCUCCCCGACAACCAGAGCAAGACUGCUGUACAUGCAGGUAUGAUUCGACUGUACCGGCGAUUGCUCAAUGUUGCGCACGACCAACACCUCUCUGAUGAAGAGAUUCUGACUCGCUGUAUGACUCCAAGCCCUACAGAAGUGCUGAGACGGGCCAGACUCCGAUAUUUGGGAACCCUAUAUCACGGAGCUAGCCCGAUGGAUUGGGGCAUCAUCAAUUGCGACAUGACAUGGUUGAAUCUCGUUGAAGAUGAUUGUGUGUGGCUCUGGACGCAGCUUCAUCAUUGCAGUGGUCUUCGAGAUCCGCGACAUCAUUUCGGUGCUUGGGAGUAUAUCUUGCGAUACCACCCCAGGUAUUGGAAGCGGUUGGUGAACCGAGCCAUUGCACAUGCGAUUCAGCAGAGACGUAAUCGUCAGCUUGUGGGCGCUAUCCACCGUGAUCUCUUUGAGAAUUUGCAGAGACAUGGAAGAUUUGGUGCGGAUGCUCCUUUCUAUGCUGUUCAAUUUGAUGAUCAGAUGAAGUUUGGCUGCAUGCUCUGCAAAAAGCGAUGUGCCAGUCGUGGAGGAGAAGGGGCGCACUUUUUCAAAUGUCAUGCCAUCGUUGCCAGUGUUCGGCAUCUAUGCCAUGGCACACAAUGUGCACAUUGUCUUCGUGAGUAUCACACACGCAGCAAACUUCAACAGCACUUGCAGCGCAGCCGAGCUUGCCGAGGAGGUCUCCAAGCUAGAAGGCUGCACAGUGGCAUCCAAGCAGGCAUUGGUUCCAUCGAACAACAGCAGGAGCAAAGCAUGCAUGAUGGCCUUGUCCCACCUUUACAGGCCCAGGGCCCGGCCUUGCCAGUCCGUGCUCCUGUUGAACUGGACCCAGAGCAUACGGAUCUCAUUGACAUGUGGAUGGAACUUCUCUAUCCUGAGAUUGAGGUCGCGCAGCUCUUACCGAUGAUGGAAGCUGCAAUCCAGGAGUUUGCCAUUUCAUGGACCAGAUGUCAGCAGACACUUCGUGCAUUUCGUGAUGGUUUUGGUGAGGAACUUGUCAUGAUCACUGGAGUUUCACAGCAGGUUGUUUAUCAGGCUGUGGAUACUCUGCUUGACCCUGAACACUGGCCAUUUUUGCGAGAUGAUUUUCGAGAAGCCAGCAGACCUGUUGAUGAUUUGACUCAUUACACAGCAUGGUGCUCCCGCUUGACGGCUUCUGGAGAUGUGUGGAUUGCGCAGAACGCAUUGACACUCAAGUCCAAACGCUUGACCAAGGAGUCCGAAAUGACAUGCCUUGUCGUUGUGUAA